AUGGCAAAGGGGGCAAAGGUGCAGGGGAAAACUAGAGCUUCAGGCAAGAAAAAGAAACGGGGACCGUCUUCUUCAGAUCGGGGAGUUAAAACUAGAUCCAUGGAUGAGAUUUUGGGAGUUAAGGAGCUGGAAAUUGCGGAUGACGAAGAUGAGCCUUCUCAGCAUUUGGGCGCAAUACUCUUGCCUCGAUCGACAGAGGCUUAUCUGAACUUUGUGAGCUCGAAAAUAGGGGAGCAAGUGCAGGACAAGGAACAUAUGGAGAGGCCAAUUGGGGUUAAAAUUGAGCUGGAAGACAUUGAAGAGGAAAUAAAUUACUGGCAAUCGGCUAUUGUUUGUUAUGUACUAGGUGCUAACCCACCUUUACAUGUGCUAGAAGGUUUUAUGAGAAGGAUUUGGCAGCAUAAUGGAGUAGAUAAAGUUGGUACUCUGUCUCAUGGUGUCUUCAUUGUUAGAUUUCAAAAUAUGGAGGAUAGGGAUAAGGUCAUCAGUGGUGGUUAUAUCUUCUUUGAUAAGAAGCCUCUUAUCAUGAAAACGUGGAACCCUAGGGAUGAUUUUACAAAGGAGGAUGUCAAGAAAGUUCCUAUAUGGAUUCAACUUGGGGGUCUAGAUAUCAAAUACUGGGAAGAUAAAUCAUUAUUCAAGAUUGUGGGUCAGCUGGGUAAACCGAUUCAGGUGGAAAUGAUUACAAAAAGAAGGGAAAGACUACACUUUCCAAGGAUAAUGGUUGAGGUAUUGAUUACACAAGCAUUUCCACAUGUAAUUUCAUUCAUCAACGAAUUGGAUCAAGAUAUUGAGCUUACUGUGAAUUAUGAAUGGCUGCCUGUUCUUUGUGAGCAUUGUAAGGGUAUGGGUCAUACGACAGCUAUAUGCAAGAAGAAAGGGCCAAUCACUGGUGUAACACAGUAG